CGAGACCAGAGCCGACAUUUCGUGCAGUGCCGCAGCUUGCAGCGAGAAGAGGAGGCUCCGUGCAUAAAUAAACUUGAUUUGUUUAUUGAAAGAUUCAUCGGUUUUGGUUUCCUGCCGAACACACCAGUCAAUUUUAUAUUGGCUCAAUACAGGCAGCUUUGUAGCAUUGGUUGUAGACCUGUUGUUAAGCAGUCAGUAUGGCUGUUGUCAUCCGACUGCAAGGUCUGCCCAUUGUGGCUGGGACUAUGGACAUCAGGCACUUCUUCUCUGGCCUUACAAUUCCCGAUGGGGGUGUGCACAUCGUUGGGGGUGAUCAUGGCGAGGCCUUUAUUGUUUUUGCCACUGAUGAGGAUGCUCGGCUCGGGAUGAUGCGCACAGGCGGGUCAAUAAAAGGGUCCAAAGUUUCGCUGCUACUAAGCAGCAAGACGGAAAUGCAGAAUAUGAUUGAAUUGAGUCGCCGCAGGUUUGAAGCUGGGACAGGUGCUGUUGAAGCAGCAGUACCCACGCCAGGAAAUGCUUCUCGCCAGUCUUCGUCCACUCCUAUCCCCACUGCGCAGCCUGGCACAGGCGGGAGGAGUGGCCAAGCAAACCAGGCUUUUGCAAACACUUCUGCCACAGUGACUGCAACAAGCUCCUCUCAAGAAGCACAAAGUAACAAGGCAGUGGCCAGUCUGGCGAAUGUGGCACCCAGUUUCCCCAACAGCUAUAGUUCAUCGCCCUCAAUAAGCACAGCCCUGGCAUCACUAAAUGCGGGACCACCGCCUGUGCCUAGCCUCCCCAGCAUGCCAUCCAUGCCUUCAAUGCCCACAUUGCCCACUGUUCCUGUACCCCCUACUGUUUCCUCCAUUCCCUCUGUUCCUGCAGUCAACCCCUUGCCCCAGGGUCCCCCAAUUCCCCCCAUGUCCCACCUAGCUCAUAUGUCUUCUUUACCCCCAUUCAACCCGACCAUGCCCCCGCCUACAGGUUUGGGAUCUGGCCUGCAUAUUGGAAAUCACAACCCAAUGAUGUUUAAUCCCCUCACUCCAUUGGCUUCUCUUGGCCUACAUGCCCAUAUGAAGGUUGCCGCUGUAGCCAAUAUGUCCGGUCAAGAUGAACAGUAUGUCCAUUUGCAGAACCUCCCUUUUUCCUGUACAGAAAUAGAAGUUAGGGAGUUUUUCCAGGGGCUCGGGGUGGAUGGCAUUCACUUUAUGAGAGAUGCUCAAGGGCGACUAAAUGGUAGGGCUAUGGUUAAAUUUUUCUCCCCCCAGGAGGCUUUUGAAGCUCUAAAACGGGGCGGGGGUAUGAUGGGUCAAAGGUUUAUUGAGAUUAGCCCAGGGUCUGAGCGUCAAUGGGCCACUUUCGGCAACAGCAUAAUAGGACAAGUUCAACUUGAUGCUGGCAAAUCCAAUAAUAUGGAAUCGCAUGAUCUGCAUCACCGUCGUGGAACAGCAUCCAGAGAUCAACGAGCAAGAUCAAGAUCACCACAGCGACAAGAGUUUUGUGUCUACCUUAAGGGUCUUCCAUAUGAAGUUGACAAAAAACAGGUCAAGGAUUUUUUUAAGAACCUGUCUGUGGUAGAGGAUAGCAUCUAUAUUGCCUAUGGCCCCAAUGGGCGAGCUACAGGAGAAGGGUUUGUCGAGUUCAAAACAGAGCAGGACUACAAUACUGCAUUGGGCGCUCACAUGCAGUACAUGGGCAGUCGAUUCAUCCAGGUGCACCCCAUCAGCUACAAAGGCAUGCUAGACAAAAUUGAAUCCAUUCGCAAGCGUCAAUCAUCACACAGUGAUGGCAAGAAUCAGGACAACAAAACGCCACGGAACUGUGCUCAUAUCACCAACAUACCAUACAACAUCUCCAAAAAGGACGUCCGUGCCUUCUUGGAGGGUGUUGGGAUUUAUGAAGACUCGUUGAAGGUUUUAGUGGACAGCCAAGGGAACGGUUUAGGGCAAGCCGUCCUCCAGCUUCAGACUGAGGAAGAUGGUCGGAAGGCCGAAAGACUCCAUCGGCAGAAACUUAACGGCCGCGACGCUUUCAUCCAUUUGGUGACUUUUGAUCAGAUGAAGGAAAUUGAACGGAAUCCUCCCCCUCAAAACAAAAAGGGCCAACGAAAUCAAAGCAUGCAGAACCAGCUGAAUCAAAGCCAACACCACCAACACCACAGCCAGCCGCAAGUGCAACCUACUCCGCAGCCGCCCCAGGUGAACCCGUUUGCGGCAAUUGGAGGAGAAGAGUUCAGUUAUCUCCGAAACCCCAUGGCUGGCAUCAACAACACUCCAUUUGUCGCCCCCUUCUCAGCCCCUGGGAAUGGUCUGACAGGACCGCCACCUCUCCCUCCCAUGGGUGCCGGACUAGGUGACUUAAAUAUCGGCGUGCCGCCGCCUCUUGUCGCAGGUGUCCCUGGUGCGCCAAUUAUGGAACCACCAACCUUCCGACCUGGAGUUCCUGGGGCAGCGCCGUUUAACCCAGAUGGACUAAGAGGAUUGGUCAACUUUGACAAUGCUAACAGGAAAGGAGCUGGCCCGAACAGAGCGAUUGGGGAUAACAACAACAACCCUGGACGUUUAGGGGGACCCACUGGAGGGCAGCAGACGUUCACCUCAGGAGCUGAAGCUCUUCAUAACCCAACAGCCCCUGGGGCACCAAACAGCCACAGUAGUCAGCGAGACACGACGGGCCCUACAAUCGUAAAACUUCAAAACAUGCCGUUCACUGUGACAGCUGACGAGAUCAUGGACUUUUUCUAUGGGUACCAAGUGCUCCCUGGCUCCGUCUGUCUGCAGUUCAGUGAUGCUGGUCUACCGACUGGGGAAGCCAUGGUGGCUUUUCAGAAUCAUGAGGAAGCAUCAGCUGCUGUCAUGGACCUAAAUGACCGACCAAUCGGAGCACGGAAAGUGAAGAUUAGCCUGGGGUAAAGAGCCAUUUGAGGACGUAACAUCGCUUUUGCUUAACAACUCAACUGCAGUUGCUUUCUGAUCAAUGAUGAACAUGAGGUGCACGUUUUGUUGAGUACCUCCUCUCUGGUGUUGGAAAGGGGUAAAGCCUUUGCCUGGCCCAUGCUUCGAGAUUGUGACAUCUUCCCACUUCCUUGUGCUUUUGAUCAUGCUGAACAUUCACAGUACUGAUGAUGGUGUAUGUUUCGGACGUCUAUAUGCCUUUUACCAUGCAGUGGUCCUGAAAACACAAGACACUGACAGUUGUGCGUUUGUGUGCGUGAAUACAUAUGCAAUGCUGCUGGGGUCUCACAUUUACAUGCUGUGUUGUAAUGGUGAUGUCUUAUGCAUUGUGGAUAUGGUAAUUGUGUGUGUGUUUUUUUUUAACAAUGAUGAAAAUCUGAACUGUCUUUCCAUCAUAGAAGCGAGGCUUUCCGAAUUCCUGUGCACAUUUGCUCUGCAGAAAACUAUUCCUGUUAUUAAAGAUGCUGUGUCGUCAUCAAAUGCUGUAGCUCUUGCUGUGAAAUACUUGUCUUUGGCGUUGUUACUAAUGUCAAGAAGUCAUUGAUGUUGAAUUAUGCUAUCGUUUCAUGAAAUUAAUGCUCCUGUGUUGCAAUGGUUUAUACAUAAAUAGUUGAAUCUUUGUUCUGCAAUGUAGUUUUUGCAAGUCUUUCUUUUUCUCCCCCUCAGAUUUCUGUUGCUCUCCAAAAAACGUUCCCGGACUGUAUAGUUCUGUGAUGGUUUGUAGAUUUAUGUUUUCUUUGUUAGCUGUAAUUAUGCUGGCUUUGUUUAUAAGUUUAUUUUAAGCACAGUUGCUUUUUAAAAUGUUUUAUUCUCGCAAGUGGACUGUAUGACUUAAGACAAUGUGGAGUCACUCUGGCUAUUGCUAAUAAACGGAUGUUCAUGAUGCACAUCUGCUCACCUGCCAUCCGUCUUCUGUCUCAAUAUUUGAUGACCAACGUUGACUCAUGUUGAAUUGUGUUGCUUCUCUGUGGGAUAAGAUCUUUCACACUUUGGCCAGUUAAUUACUUUUAUACUGCCUCAAAUUACUGCGUUUUACGACAGGGCUGUGUAGUGCUGAUUUGGUCGUUUUGUCAUGUAGGGUUAAUUUGUGACUUAGUGGCUCAACUACAUUGCGAAAAAGCAUGGUCCACAAAUGUUUUACUCAUUUGACACAUGGACUUGUACAUUGUUAAUGGAACUGUUGGGCAUCACUGGCCCUCCUGUGCAUGCUCAUCUAUGGCCAAGAGGUGGCAGACCCAGGGUCAUGCUGGGUACAACGUGCAAAUGCCACCAGGCAUUUGUUGUUAUAUUCCUGCCCCCCCUAUUUUACUUGGCAACAUUUUGCUGUUUGCAGAAAGCCUGUAGCAUUCCUGACUCUUAAGCUUGUCCUUUUGUCUGCUUCAAGACAUACAUAAUUUCUCUUGGGAUAAAUAAAGUUUUUGUGCUUCUGAAGAGUGUCGCCAUGUUGGACAGACGUGUUCAAGAGCAGGCAUGAGGCAAACCCAUAUUCUUCAUUCAGUAACCGACCACACCAUAAACGUUUAAUUUGUAACGUCCGGUUAUGAUCCUUGAUUCAUAUUCAAACACCAGAAGGGUGUGUGGGAUUGACGUACUCUUGGAGUUGCACAGGAACUCUUAAAUCUCUUCAUCUGCAGAGUUGUAGAGGAACUCUUCAUUGUUCUCCACCUCAGCACUACUUUCUUACAUAAAGUCAGUGAGUCCACCAGUGUCUCUUCAGUUUUUACAGCAUCAGAUGAAAACUUUUUUUUUUUAUUUGCUGACAUAUCAGAAUAUUGAAAUACCCGAUAAUGUAAUUUCCAUUUAAAGUCAGUCACCUUGUGAUGUUAUAUAAAGCAUCAUGUGCAGUUUUCAUGAGGUCUUAAAGCGUAAGAUGGAUACGCUAAACAGUUUUCUGAGCAGCUGAGCCUCAAUUUUUUUGACAUGACAGGAUUUUUAAAACAAUAGAUUAAGAGGGAAACAGCUGACAAUACAGAAUUAAGAUCUGAUGUUGACAUAAAGUGCUGUGUGUGGGAGGUUUUUUUUUUCCCUAUAAUGAGCUGUUGUGGAGUUUGAUGUGCAGC